CCGGCCGACUGUCCCUACCGCUACGUACUAUCUGUUGCGCGCCGAGCGCGGUGGACGCGCUACGAACGCGCCGCACGCGACCCUACCGCCCGCCCUUCACGCAACCGUAAACAAAUUACUACGUACCCCGUGUCCGAUGCUCCUUACGCUUGUGUGAAACCCCACUUUAUUCCGACUUCGACUCAUGUGAUUUAAGUUUUAGUGACUUUGACGUCUAUCAGUGAAGUAGUAAGUGCCGACUAGGGGUAAACGGCCCGUCUGCCGCCCACGGACCGUAGUAGUGGAGUAGUAGCCGCGCCAGACUUGCCCACUGGGUGAUGCACCGAGUCACAACACACGAUAACUACUUCGGCAACUUAUAAACAAGUAUUGCACUAAGAUUGGAACAUAAGCAAUAAACUACAAUAAAUGAUGGUGGACCGAGUUUUGGGCUGUCUCUUCCGAAAAUACAACACGAACAUAUGCGAGGUGGAUUCUCGGUGAGAGGGCAUGGAGGGCGCGGACGGCCGCGAUGAUCUGCUAGAAUGGGAGGCCCUGUACUUGCGCCUGCCACUGCAGAACUCGACGUGGAACGCCACGGGAUGGGACUCUGGCACGUGGAACGUGACGGGGGUGCCCAACGCCACGUGGUGGGAGGCUGCCGCGCCCUUCGACUCGCCGGCCGCGCUGGUCCGCGCCGCCGCCAAGGCCGUCGUACUCGGACUACUGAUUCUCGCCACUGUAGUCGGAAAUGUAUUCGUGAUAGCAGCGAUAUUGUUAGAGAGGCACCUGCGCAGUGCUGCCAACCAGCUGAUCCUGUCACUGGCGGUGGCAGACCUGCUUGUGGCAUGCCUGGUGAUGCCGUUGGGCGCCGUGUACGAGGUGGCGCAGCGCUGGACGCUGGGCCCCGAGCUCUGCGACAUGUGGACCUCCGGAGAUGUGCUCUGCUGCACCGCCUCCAUUCUGCAUCUCGUUGCCAUUGCACUUGAUAGGUAUUGGGCUGUGACAAACAUCGAUUAUAUCCACGCAAGAACCGCACGUCGAGUAGGACUCAUGAUAGCGUGCGUGUGGGUAGUAAGCUUCCUGGUGUGUAUCGCACCGCUCCUGGGAUGGAAAGAUCCCGACUGGGACCGAAGAGUCUCUGAAGACCUACGUUGUGUCGUCAGUCAAGACGUAGGUUACCAAAUUUUUGCGACAGCAUCGUCGUUCUACGUGCCAGUUCUCGUAAUUUUAAUAUUAUACUGGCGAAUAUACCAAACUGCCAGAAAAAGAAUACGUCGGCGGAGAGGGGCUACCGCGCGUGGCGGAGUGGGCCCUCCCCCCGUGCCUGCUGGUGGAGCGCUGGUCGCAGCCGGCGGCAGUGGUGGGAUCGCAGCCGCCGUGGUAGCAGUCAUAGGACGACCUCUACCGACUAUAUCCGAAACGACUACAACGGGAUUCACAAACGUAUCUUCGAAUAAUACAAGCCCCGAAAAACAGUCGUGCGCUAAUGGCCUGGAGACAGACCCGCCGACGACGGGUUACGGGGCCGUAGCUGCCGCCUACUAUCCCACGCUAGUGCGGCGUAAACCUAAAGAAGCUGCCGACUCCAAACGCGAGAGGAAGGCGGCGAAAACAUUGGCAAUAAUAACCGGCGCGUUCGUAGCGUGUUGGCUUCCCUUCUUCGUGUUGGCCAUUUUAGUGCCGACGUGUGACUGCGAAGUAAGUCCUGUGCUGACAUCAUUUUCACUGUGGCUGGGCUACUUCAACUCCACCCUGAACCCGAUUAUCUACACGGUGUUCAGCCCGGAGUUCCGGCACGCGUUCCAGCGGUUACUAUGUGGGCGGCGCGCGCGCCGUCGCCGCGCCCCGCCGUAGCAUCCCCCUCCCCUCGCCCCUACCCGACUGACCUCGUCUAGUUCGAAACAUACUUAUGUUACCUUGUUACAUUUUCAGAGAUAUAUUUACACCCCUUUAUUUUUUGUACGUGAUGAAUGUGAAUACGAAAACCUGUCUAGUAAAUAAAUCACAAAUUCUCUUUA